GGGGGGGAGGUAAGAAAGAACCGAGAUACACUGAGCCAGUGUAGCAGGAAUCGCCAGAGAUGUCGAGGGUCUUUCCAUGAAAGCGGAAACGCUCUCACGCACGCACGCACGUGCGGUGAAAGGCUUUUCAGAUAAGCCCACAUUUUUGAGUGACCUGAGAGAAGAGGAGAACCAUUUUUCCUUCGUCUCUGUCUGUCACAUGAGCAGUAAUGCCUUUUCUCUCACCUACCACAGGUUUGCAUGAGAUGCUAGCCCUCCUCACCUCCCAGCUGCAUCCAGAUGCUAAUCACAAAGAGGACAUGGUUUUCCUCAGGGAGGUCUUCAGUGAGAGGAGCCUCAGCUAUAUUAUGAAAAUCCAUGAGCGACUCAGGCAGUUUCAGCUCCAGAGCCCGACCCCAGUGCUCCACAGCGCAUCCUGCCUGGCAGAAGACGUCGCAGAGGAGCUACAGAACGGACCACUGGAAGAAGAUGAGAGAGAGCUAUUAACACUUCUUACUGCUCCACAUGUGAAGGCAGUUCUAACAGUACAUGACACAGUGGCACAGAAGAACUUUGAGCCUGUGCUUCCCCCUCUACCGGAUGAUCUAGACGAUGAACUGGAGGAGGAAUCAGUAAAGAUUGUGCGUUUGGUUAAGAACAAGGAGCCUCUUGGUGCGACCAUCCGCAGGGAUGAAGUAACUGGGGCGGUAGUGGUUGCAAGGAUAAUGAGGGGAGGAGCUGCAGACCGUAGUGGUCUGGUACAUGUUGGAGAUGAGUUAAGGGAGGUCAAUGGAAAUCUCAUUAUACACAAACGUCCUGAGGAGAUCAGCCAGAUUCUGUCUCAGUCUCAGGGCUCGAUCACUCUGAAGAUAAUCCCUGCCAUUAAGGAGGAGGAUAGAUUCAAGGAGAGUAAGGUCUAUUUAAGAGCCCUGUUUGAUUACACACCAUUUGAAGACAAGGCCACACCUUGUCAGGAGGCAGGACUGCCUUUCACACGUAGGGAUAUCCUGCAGGUGGUGAGCCAAGAUGACCCAACAUGGUGGCAGGCCAAAAGAGUGGGAGACAGCAACCUGCGUGCCGGCCUCGUUCCUUCAAGACAGUUCCAGGAGAGACGACUGUUGUAUAGGAUGAAAAUGGGAACACACCAGAGCCCUAAAUCACCUAGAGCAACACCAUGUGACCAAACUUGUGAAAAAGAGGACUGUGACUGUGAGGGCAGUGUCAGUGGACAGCACGUAGUUGUAGUUUCUCCAAAGUGUAAGGCAGUGGCACCGUCCUGUGGCCAGGCCUUUUCCUGGGAGUUUUACUCAGCUGGUCUAAGGAGAAGCUUCAGACUGAGCCGCAAGGAUCACCAGGGUUCAACCAAAGAGUCUCGUCCAGCAGAGUCUGAAGAGAAUGAGUUCCUCAUAUAUGAAGAGGUGACACUAUAUCAGAUGAGAGCCCAAAACAAACCAAGGCUUGUGGUGCUGAUAGGAUCUCUUGGUGCUCGGAUCAAUGAGUUGAAGCAGAAGGUGAUUGCUGAGAAUCCUCAUCGGUAUGGUGUCGCUGUGCCACACACAACAAGACCCAGAAAAAGCCAUGAAAAGGAAGGUGUAGAAUACCACUUCAUCUCCAAGCAGGCCUUUGAGGCUGACAUCCAAUUGAAUAAGUUUAUUGAAUAUGGUGAAUAUAAGAAUAACCAAUAUGGGACAAGUCUGGAGUCAAUCCGGAGUGUCCUGGCGAGAAAUAAAGUAUGUCUGGUAGAUGUUCAACCUGAGGCCCUGAAAAUUCUCCAUUCAGCAGAGUUUAAGCCCUAUGUGAUUUUUGUAAAGCCACGCAUCCCUGAGAUACAUCGGCAACGUAGCUCUCCCACAUCACCAGGAAGGGGUGACAACGGACACAUCACAGAUGAAGACCUGCAGGAAAUGAGGCAAUCAGCUGAGCAGAUGGACCAGCAAUAUGGCUACCUAGUGGACAGGGUCCUGAUAAAGGAGGACUCUGCCAGUGCCUGUGUAGAGCUGAGGAAUAUUUUGGAACGACUCGAGAGGGAGCCGCAGUGGGUGCCUGUCAGCUGGGUCCGAACUUGAUCCUCCCUCCUUCCUUAAAUUCAAACACUCACAUAUGGUGUAAUGAAAACAUAGACCUCUCUGCCUCUUUCUGAGUCUGCUAUCUGCCAGUUUCUGUUUCAUCCUGUUCGACUGAAGUAAUACAAAGCAAAAUACAAGUGCCGUCUGAAUUGUUGAAACUGAGGUCUGUUGUACUGCGCUAGUGGUGAAGAGUUCUGUUCAUAAGAUUUUGCAUGGAAGUAGCAUUGAUAAGAAAUUAAUCACUGAUAGCUGAAAGAAUUUGUUUUCUGUGGGAAAAAAUGGUUGUCCUUAUUUCUGUCGAGUGAGCUGCACAAAUGAACAUCAAAUGAGGACAGGACCACUUCAAUGAGAGGACAACACUGACUCAGGUUUACGCACUGUGUCAAAGCUGGUUUCUUCCAGGCAAACAAUCUAGUGUGAAAGUCUUUGGUUUUGUUAUCUUCAACUUAUGCUGGCUGUGUAUAUUUAGUCAAAUGUAAAUGGGAAUUAUGUAAAAUAUCAUACUGUAUAUUUGCAAACAAUUUCAGUUUUUACACUUGUGUAAAAUUUAAUUUCGUAUUUGGUCACACAUAAAUUAGUUGUAAUGGUCAAUGUUUUUGUGUCAAACCGAUGACUGUAUGAUGUCUGUGUAGUUUAUUAGACAAAUUCUACAUUAUAGUCAAAGAGCAUAAAGCAUGUUAACAUCUUGAUGGCCAUAUAGUACUGUUCAAAAUGUUAUGAAUGUGUGCCCUUUUAGAAUACAUGGAGUAUUUUUGAAUGUAAUUGUUAUA